GAAUUCCACCCAACUUCCGCCACCAAAUCAGGAAGGUGCGGUCAAAACUUUGCCUCGUAUCCGUAAACCCAAACCUCACCCCAUCCAUCCAUCCACCAAACCAAACCCUCCUUCAAGCAACAAAAUGACAUCCACCCCUCAUCCAACCCUAAGCUCAAACUACACAAUAACCCACCUGCCCAUCGCAGGCUCCACCCAAAUCUCCAGCCGAGUAUCACUCCUCGUCUCCAAACUGGACUCAUCAGCAGCAAAACCUAGCAACGACGAAGACGCAACCGAGCCCGAGAAAGCGAAACUGGCUCUUGUCGUUUUGACGGCCAAAGCACGCUACGCGCACAAACUCAUUAGUGUGGUGGAGAUUGCGAAGAGGGAAGUGCUUGCUGCUGCUGCUGCUACUGCUACUGCUUCUGCUGGUGAAGGUGGAGGGGGGAGGUGGUUUCAGUAUUCUGCUUUGAGCGGGGAGGUUGUGGAUGUUGAGAGGCGGGGAGCGCUUGUUGGCGGGAAGGCAGAGCUAGACGAAGAGGAUGCGGACGGGGACGAGGAUGCGUUUGAGAUGAUGGGUGCGAAGGAGGGAGGAGGGGUGAAGAAGAGGAAUGUGCCUGUCUUGACGGUGUAUGUUUGUGGAGAGGCGGUGAGGGAGUUGAGGGUUGCUUAUGGGUAUGUGUUUUCUUCUCUUUCUAAUGGUACUGGUUUGAAUGGAAGGGUGGCUGACUGAUGUGUGGUUUAGGGAACAACGGUGACCACGGCAUGAGGCGAUUUUGAGCAUUCAUGAAAUUCUAGAAGGUAUAAUGGAUGUCUACGGCCGGCAUUUACGAUUCAGGAAGAAUACGCCAACAAGAAUUCCCAAAUCCACCAUCAGUGAACGCCACGCAAACCGUUGGCUCCAAACAAA